AUGAAGGAUUAUGUACUAAAAACAUCUUCAUAUAUAAAAAGAAAAAAUAAUGGCCUUAUAUCAUCCAAUAAAAAUAAAAAUGUCAUUAAUUCUUGUAAAUACAUUAUAAUAUUAAUUUUAACAUAUUUGAUUCUUCCAUUAACAAAGUGCAAUGAGUACGCUCCGCAAAAAUCUAACAAUGCGACCCAUUACACAACUAAUGUAAACGAAAUACGUCAACAAUUCCCACAAUCACUAGAUAUGUUUGAAGAAAAAAAUUGCAUUAAUUGGAUAGAGAAGUUCGAAAACGAUUGGAGUUAUUUCAUGUCAUCUCUAGAGAGUCAAAAAAACAACUGGCUUCAAGUGAAGAGUAAGGAAUUUGAGAAAUGGAAAAAUUAUAAGGAAAAUAAAUUGAUACAUAGAAAUGAUAAUUUUGAUGAAAGAGAACAUAAUAAUAAUUUCUUUAAGGAAACAUUAAGACCGGUUGAAGGAAACAAGCAUCUUCAAGAGAAAGAUAUGUGGGUAAAGGGAAGUCAAAAUUUAACUCAAGGUAAUUCAACAUUUGGUAACCAUAAUUUACCUCAAGAAGAAUAUAAGAGUGGCAUGUUCAAAGAAAAAUUAAGAUCAGAUGUAGGAAACAAACAGUAUAAAGAGAAAGAUAAGUGUGUAAAAGGAGGUCAAAAAAGAACACUAAAUCAUUUAACAUUUGAUAACCAUAAUUUGCAUAAAACUGAAUCUAACAGUAGCAUACUAAAAAGAAAAACAAAUGAGAGUAAAAUAAAGAAGAAUUUUAGCAUUAAUAGAGAUAAGCAGUUCGCUGAAUGGAGAGAAGUCUUGAAGGAUGAACCAACGAAUAAUAACGGAAAAUUGGAUAAAGUACAUGACGUGAAUGAAUCAAAAAAAGACUUAAACGAAUUGAAUGGAUCGAAAGAAAAAUUAAACAAAUUGAAUGGAACGAAAAAAGACUCAAACGAAUUGAGUGAAAUAACAAAGGACUCAAACAAAUUGAAUGGAACGAAAAAAGACUCAAACGAAUUGAGUGAAAUAACAAAGGACUCAAACAAAUUGAAUGGAACGAAAAAAGACUCAAACGAAUUGAGGGAAAUAACAAAGGACUCAAACAAAUUGAAUGGAACGAAAAAAGACUCAAACGAAUUGAGGGAAAUAACAAAGGACUCAAACAAAUUGAAUGGAACGAAAAAAGACUCAAACGAAUUGAGUGAAAUAACAAAGGACUCAAACAAAUUGAAUGGAACGAAAAAAGACUCAAACAAAUUGAGAGGAACGAAAGAAGAAUUAAACAAAUUAAAUAGAACAAAAAAAGACUCAAACAAAUUAAAUGAAACGAAAAAAGACUCAAACGAAUUGAGGGAAACGACAAAAGACUCAAAUGAAUUGAGUGAAACGACAAAAGACUCAAACAAAUUAAGUGGAACGAAAAAAGCGUUAGAAGAAAAAGAAAAAGAAGAAGAAGAGUUACCUCAAGUUAAAGGAGAUAUACAAGGAAAAUGUGAUAAAAUGUUAAAAGAAGAAUUAAAAAAGAAUGAAGACAACUUAUCUAAAAAAGAACAUAAUAUUAAUGUCUCCAAAAAAUCAUUAGAAGAGGUAAAUAAAAACAAAUGUUCUAAUAAUUUCCUUGAAAAUAAAUCAAAAGAAGGUGAAAAAUCUGUGGAAAAUAAUUUGACGAAGAAUAAGAAAAAUAAGAACGACAGUGGUUGUGUUUUAAAUCACCUAAAAGAUUCUGAAGAACAUAAUAAUGUAGGAUUGAAUAAAUUCAUUGUUGCAGAAACAAAAGAACUUGUACUAGCAGAUUACAAGAACUGGCUGGGAGAAGAGGAUAUAUCAUCUUUUUCAUAUACAUUAAAAAAAAUGGUACAAAAAUGGAAUAAUACGAAAUUUAUGUUAUGGUUUAGAAAUCUAUUAAAUAAUGGGGAUGAAGAAUUCUCAAGUAAAGAAUGGAAUGAUUGGUUGAACCGUUUGGAAAUGGAUUGGGUAGAUCUCUACAAGAACUUGGAGAGUCAAAGGGAAACAUGGUUUCUAAAUAAAGAUAAGGAAUUAAAACAAUGGAUAAAGGACUUUCAAUUUAAAUGGUUACAUUAUCGAAAAGAUAUAGAUGAAGAAUAUAACCUUAAUUUUUUUAAAAAAGUAUUAAAAUGGAAUGAUAAAAAAUGGGUAAAAUGGAUGAUAAAAGAAGGAAAAUAUUUUAUGUUGAUGGAUAUGGAAAAAUGGUUGGAUACAAAUAAAUAUAUCUAUGAUUUAUGGUUAUUGAAAGAAUGGGAACAAUGGAAAGAAAAAAAAAUUAUUAAUUGGAUAUUGAGUGAAAACAAAUGUAGCGAAUAUCAAUAUUGGUUAAAAUGGGAAUACUCAAACAAGAAAUUAUCAUGUCGAAAAAAGACAAUUGAUUGGUAUAAAUGGAAGAAAUUUAAAAGAAAGGAGUCGAAACUGUGGCAGAAAUGGGUCUCUCAAAAAGAUAUAAUAGCUAUAGAAACUAAAAAUUUAGAAUGGAUAAAAUGGGAAGAAGCUAAGAAAAAGAUAUUUUUCAUAAUGCUUAAUCAAUAUAUUAAAAAUUGGAUACGUCAAAAGCAAUGGAAUACCUGGAUACAAGAUUUGAAAAUGUCAGUUUAA